GACUGAGCAGACUAGACUGACGUCAGCGCUGUCUGACUCGAGCAGCCCUGGCUCCACUGCUGUACUGUAUGUGCACGAGGAUCGAGAAAAAGGGGAUAGGAGCGCGCAACGAGAGGGAGGAAGAAGAAAAAAACGUCCCAGCACGCUUGCGGAACGGGGUCACGAACUAUGACCUUUCACAGAUGAAAAACAUAAACAAAUACUUUUCAUUAACCCGACUUCCAAAAUCUACGUUGUUUAAUCUUACAGAUGUGGCUGGAAUCACGCCACUCCCACACAACUCAUGACACUACAUCACCAUGACAACCAACAUGGAGGUGCUCACUCAGCAGAUAGUGGCCACUGAUCAGGUUGCUGAGACGUCUCCUUCAGAUUCCUCCGUUAUGAGUGACUCCCCACAACGGAUCCAGAUCAUCUCCACUGACUCUAUAGUCAGUACACCUCAACGUAUACAGAUUGUGACUGACCAGCAGACAGGUCAGAAGAUCCAGAUAGUGACCACUGUGGACCCUACAUGCAACCCCAAGCAGCAAUUUAUCCUGGCAUCGCCUGAUGGCACUGGGGCCAGUAAAGUCAUCCUGGCAUCGCCGGAGAGCCAGAACGCUAAACAGCUCAUCUUUACCACUGCAGACAGCCUGAUGCCUGGCAGAAUACAGAUAGUGGCAGAUGCCGUGUCAGUGGAGAGGCUGCUGGGAAAGGCAGGAGACAUGGGCCGGCCGCAGCCUGUGGAGUACUGUGUGGUCUGUGGAGACAAGGCCUCAGGGAGGCAUUAUGGGGCAGUCAGCUGUGAGGGCUGUAAGGGUUUCUUCAAGCGGAGCGUCCGUAAGAACCUAACCUACAGUUGCCGCAGCAACCAGGACUGCAUAGUCAACAAGCACCACCGAAACCGCUGUCAAUUCUGCCGUCUCAGGAAGUGCCUGGAGAUGGGCAUGAAAAUGGAGUCCGUGCAGAGUGAGAGGAAGCCAGUGGAUCUUCCGAGAGAAAAGCCGGCCAACUGCGCUGCCUCCACAGAGAAGAUCUACAUCCGCAAAGAUCUGCGGAGUCCACUCAUCGCCACGCCAACCUUCAUCACUGAUAAGGAUGGCGCACGUUCAGGUCUGCUGGACCCCGGUAUGCUGGUGAACAUCCAGCAGCCUCUCAUUCAGGCUGAUGGCACGCUACUCCUGGCUACUGACACCAAGGGAGAGUCCAAUCAGGGUGACCUGGGAACGCUCGCCAAUGUUGUGACAUCACUUGCAAACCUGAACGAAUCACUCAACAAUGGAGAUUCUGCCGAUUCACCGCAAGAGGAUCAGUCUACUGAAAUCACACGUGCCUUUGACACGCUGGCUAAAGCUCUGAACCCCAGUGAGGUCGGAGGAGGGCAGAGCCUGGGGGAGGCGGAUUGUGUGGGCGGAGCCACCAUUCAGGUGAUCAGUAGGGACCAGGUGACGCCCAUCAUUGAAGUGGAGGGGCCCCUGCUCACAGACACCCACGUCAGCUUCAAGUUGACGAUGCCCAGUCCAAUGCCAGAGUAUCUGAAUGUUCACUACAUCUGUGAGUCUGCGUCCCGCCUGCUUUUCCUCUCUAUGCACUGGGCACGCUCCAUACCAACAUUUCUCGCUCUUGGACAGGAGUGUCACACGGCGCUGGUACGGGCGUGUUGGAAUGAGCUCUUUACGUUGGGACUGGCACAGUGCUCACAGGUCAUGAAUCUCUCCACCAUCCUGGCAGCAAUCGUCAACCACCUACAGACCAGCAUCCAGGAUGAGAAGCUGUCUAGCGACCGCAUCAAGCUGGUGAUGGAGCACAUCUGGAAGCUGCAGGAGUUCUGCAACAGCAUGGGCAAGCUGGAGACGGAUGGCUAUGAGUACGCCUACCUCAAAGCCAUCGUGCUCUUCAGUCCAGACCACCCCGGCUUGAGUAACAACAGCCAGAUAGAGAAGUUUCAGGAGAAAGCUCAGAUGGAGCUGCAGGACUAUGUGCAGAAGACCUACCCAGAGGACACAUACAGGUUGGCUCGAAUCCUGAUGCGCCUCCCUGCUCUGCGGCUCAUGAGUUCCAGCAUCACGGAGGAGCUCUUCUUUACAGGGCUGAUUGGCAACGUGCCCAUCGACAGCAUCAUCCCCUACAUCCUCAAGAUGGAGACCGCCGACUACAACAGCCAGAUCACGGGCUCCAGCGCGUGACCCUCGUGACCCCCAGGUCACACGGGACCUCACUCUGAACCCACUGCCCUUUUGGCCUUAAAGUGCUUCAGUCCCACAAACCAUGCUCUCCCUCAUUCCAAACAGUGACCCUAAUACAGUACAUAUUCCCUUUUUUUCUUUUUUGGUGGAUGAAUUUUAUGUUUAAUGUAAACACAUUAUGAAAUUUUUACGGUAAUCAUGCUUUAAUCUCAGUAGGCCAUUUUGAGGCGUUUGUUCAAAGCCCUGACGCUCGGCCUGAAUGUUCACUCAGAGAGAUGCGUCACACUUCGUUUCAUGUCCCGGAGCGUCGUGUUCCAGGAGCGCAGCGCUCUGCUCUCUCUCUGGGACUCUCGCGGCUCGAGUCUGGGCCGCAGCUGAUGCCAGCGAUUCGUUUUCUACGCUUCGUAGAAUAAGCACUUACAUCCCAAGCAUUUAUAGAAGACAUUCAUGGAAGCCUUUUGUUUGUGUUUUUUUCCCCUGCACAUAUGCCUUUUUUUACGUCUGGCUUGUUGAGGAUAUCCUCUUGCCUUCUGCCUGCUACUCUGCGCACGGUCAGCCAACUGAGACCCUGUAACACAUGAACAAUCCCUCUGUGUGGAUAAUCGGAGUCUCAAUGAAUGUCUUCACAAGACGUCUUCUUGGACUUGGUCUGUUUAGAUAAACUGAUCAUCAAAUGUCUUUGUUGCUGGCUCUGCUGAAUAUAAUGUGGGUGGGUCUAUGCAGCUGUCUGUCUUUUAGUCAGGUACAGCUCGCAGUUACUUCUCAGAUAAUGUUCGAUUCCAUACAGUAAUUUUUUUCUCAAACUCUGAAGCCAUUUUAGUUUGUACAAUAAUGAAUCACCAUAAGCCUAUUCAUAUUACCACAUAGAAGCCUGUUGUUGCAGUAGCCCCCUUACUUUCCCUGACAACUUUAAAAAAGUUGAAACCGAGAUAGCCCUCUCAUUUGAUGUGGCUUUCAAAGUCCAUCAUAAGGAAUUCAUGUGAAUGAGUCGUGGUCAGUAACACCAGAGGUCUGAAUGUGAUUACCCUGAGCCACCAUAGAUACACAUGAUCAGCAAGGCAGAUAGUUCCAUAAAUGUGGAGGACUGGCUCCUCAUUUUCCAUGGGUGAGAGCCUAACGUCCACAUAGCCUCAGUUCUCUGUUGUCAUGACAAUCAUGUAGUCAAUCUUCUGUUAGAUUUCAUUUUGUCUCUUGUGGUGUUCAUAUCCUCAGUCUGUCUGUGUGUGUGUGUGUCUGUGUGUGUGUAAGUGAGCAAGAGAGAAACUUCUUUCGGUUUUUUUUAUCUCUGAAUAUGUUGCAGCUCUUAGAUGUUUACAAAUGUUGCCAUUAUUUCCCCUCAGGCAUCAUCUCUUGUUGUUUCCUGGAGGGGUUCUCCUCCUCCUGAAGAGCUUUUUGUUACCCUUCUCUGCCAGAUCCAAAUUAGUGGCCAUAAGUCAUCACUCAGUCCUUUCUGCAUGUCAGCACAUUUUAUGUGGUCAUGAAAGCCUGCUGACUGAGGAGGAUUCAGAACUGAUAUCUAGCUUUGGCAUCCCAUGUCCUAGCAGUCUGAUGUAGCCCAAUCAAAAGUGUACUAUAAGUACAGCUGUGUGCACUUAUGUUCGAGGUGGACCUGUGAACACAAAACUUGUUUAAUAAUUUAUAGGAGAAGAAAGAUUAUGUAUGGCUAAACAAAAAACUUAAAAUAUGUCUUAAUUUGAAUAUGAGUUGUACAUUGAAUAUUACUUUAAUCUUUGGGGUUAAAGAUCUGUUUAAGACUGUUUAUGAAUAGAUUGUUCUGUGAAAUGUGCUUUUUAUGUAAUUUCCUAAAUAUGAAUGCAUGUUUUUGUUAAUCUGGAGCUUUUAUAUGCCACAUUAUCAGGCUGUCUGACAAUGAGCAGUGUUGUUUUUAGUUUGUAAAUAGUGCAUUGCGAUGCAUGGACUAGCUUAUGCAUUUUAUGAAAUGCUGUGAAACGUGGUCAAAUGUGUGCUCCACUAAGAUCGCCUCUGUAAUUAAAUGACAUAAAUGCA